AUGAACGGCGGUUUCGCUUGUUACUGCGCCUACCCUGUCUUCAAGAUCAAAAACCUUUCCGACAUCGACGCAACUCCUCUCGAGCCCGCCUCUUGUACCGCCCACGGUUUGGACAAGAUCGCCCCGAAGAUGGGCUCGUCCGUGUUGAUCUUCGGCGCUGGUCCUACUGGUCUGGUGUUGGCUCCGAUGCUGCGUCAGAACGGGUGUUGCAAUGCCAUGGUCGUUGCUCCUGGGGGACUGAGAAUGGAAAUGGUUCGGAAACUUGAUGCUGGCGAUAAGUACAUUGAGCUGUUUCGUGGCAGUUCUCAGGCUCAACUCAAUGCUCUCAAGGCUGAGAACCCGUAUUGA